ACAAUAAAAUGAAAUCGAUCAAACCUUUAUGGCCGGUAUCAAUAAAAAUAAAAUACGAUAUGCCAGCAACAUCAAAAUGUAACAGAAAAUCUCUAAUUAUUUAAUUGUUCAUUAUUGUUGAAUUAGGGCUAGAUCUUAAACUUAAUCUUUAAACCCAAACCAACAAAUUGGAACAAUUAGAUAGGUAUUUAUAGGCAACUUAUUAUAAAACCCAAAAGUGAAAUUAGGUUUACAUAAACAUUAGCCUCUUUUCUUAAAGCCCUGCUUCAUCAUUUCUCCUUCUGCUUUCCCAAACUCUCACUCUCUCCUCUCCUCUCCUUCUCUCUCAUGGCGGAGGAAUCUGCUCAACCUAUCAAGCAGCUCAAGACUACAAUCAUCAGAGCUUCCAUCCACUGCCAAGGCUGCAGAAGAAAAGUCGAGAAAAUCCUCUCACAAAUUCAUGGCGUGGAGCAUGUAGACGUCGACGCGCAGCAGCACAAAGUGACGGUGACGGGCGACGUCGACGCCGAUACCUUGAUCAGAAAAUUGAUCAAAUCCGGCAAAAACGCCGAAUUAUGGCCCCAAAUAUCUCAACGCAGAGCUAAUCCUGCAAUUGGAAGGAAGAAAGAGGUAGAAACACAAGGAAAAGCCGAUGGCGCGCCUCCCGCUUCUGAUGAUAAUAAUACGACGGCUGAAGCCGAAACCGCCGCUCCAGUUAAAGCAGGUGAAGUUGACGGUGACGGUGACGGUGUCGGCGGCGGAGGAGGAGAUGCUAAAGCAGUUAACGGCCCUGCCGUCAAAAAAACAGACGGCGACGUUAACGUUCCGGUGAAAAAGUCAGAGGAGGAGAGCAACUGCAAGGGCGAGGAGAGAUGCGCGGCCGCGCCGGAGAAGAGCGACGGCGGCGGUAACGGUGGGGAGAGCGGCGCGUCUGCGAAGAAGAAGAAGAAAAAGAAGAGAGCGCAAAGCGGGAACCCCGAGAAAGGAUUGGAGAAUGGGGAGACCAAUGAGAGUCCUCCACGUCAUCAUCAUCAUCAUCAGUUCCCGCCUCCGCCGGCCGCGUACGCGGUGAGCUACAACACGGCGUAUCCUAGCAGCAGCUACACGGCGUCGUGCUACGCUGCGCCUCCACCGCAUGGGUACGCGUAUGUGCAUCAGGCGGAGGCGGCGGCGCCGUCGUCGGAUCCUGAGCUGAAUCCACGGCAGCCGUUGGAUUCUUUUGAAUUGUUUAGUGAUGAAAAUCCAAAUGGCUGCUUUAUUAUGUGACAGUGACCACUCUACUCUACACAUUAUGUAUGGAGACUUUUUGUAAUGUAUGUAUGUAGAAUUUUUCACUUUCUUUCUUUAAUAUAAUUUCUCUUUAUUUCUAGGA